CGUCAAACUAUUUCUGGUUUUCUUUUGUUUGCUGAUGGAUGUUGUUUCGUAAGCGUCAUAGGACAAGGACACGAAUUGUCGUAAGAAAUGGAUGAUUUUGUCGUAGAGAUUACGAACCAUUUUUAGUGUGUUGACACCCGUUUGGUCGAACGAGGUGAAAAUGACACGAAUUGGUAGCGAGAGGGUAUUAUCGUAAAAACGAGGGUUUUGAUUGAUGUUUUGUAACAUGAACAACUCAUUCUUCCCCCCCGGAGACACCGCCGGCCUCACCUUCUUUUUCUCUCAUUUCCUCUCUCUCUUUGCUCCUCCAUAUUUGUUACACGAUGGCUACGACGGAGUCCAGUGCCGCUAAUCCGGCAUCAGCCUUCUUUCCUCCUUGUGACAAGGACAAGAAGCCUGUCUGGAACAAGCCUUGUAUCAGCUCAUCCCCUCCUCUUAUGAGCGCCGAUUCAUGGCCUGCUUUGUCUCCUCUAUCUUCCCACAAGUCCCCCUCUUCCAAAGGUUUACCUGAUGGAUCAUCGCCAUUGCCGCAGGCAGCUGCUGCUACUUCAUCUGAUUACCAUAGUGUUAAUGGCCAAAGGAAACCUUUUAGACGAAAUAACUCCACCUCAUCUUCUUCCACUAGUAGUAACCCCCACCCAAAUGCUGGUCAGAAUCACAACCAAAGGAGUGGCUCUGCAACUACUCAAUCCCGUCAUUCUCAUCAUAGGCAUCAUCGCAACGGCAGCAGCUCUUACCCUGGAAACAGGCAGCGCAACGUCUUCGAGCAUGGGCACUCUAACGGGAGAGGAGACAUGCACUUGCAACCGCAGAGGGGUUUUGGGACGAUGAGACCGCAGAUGCUGAUGGGGCCACCAUCUAGCGCGCAAUAUAUGGCAGCAGCGCCUCAAAUAGGUUCAUAUGGUGGCCCCAUGCUCUACCCUCCUGAUUAUGCGCUGCAUGUCUUUAUGCCGCAUCCUCCUCCAGAGUCGAUAGCUUUGGUUGGAAACCUCCCACCUCCACCCCCCAUAUAUUUUCCCAGCUUUGAUCCCAUGUUGUUCAAUAAAAUAUUGACACAAGUAGAGCAUUAUUUCAGUGCUGAUAACUUAAGCAAAGAUAAACACUUGAGGGGUCAGAUGAAUGAUGACGGUUGGGUUCCUGUUAGAAUAAUAGCAGGUUUCAGAAGACUUGCGGAACUGACAGACAACAUUCAGACUAUAUUAGAGGCGCUGAGAAGUUCAGAAGUUGUGGAAAUUAAGGGUGAAGCAUUAAGGAGGCGAGGAGAUUGGGACAAGUAUUUACUUCCUCAUGAACCGUCAAGCUCUGGUCCUGGGGUCUCAACUUGAGAGCAUGACUCUAUCAGAGAGGAGCAGAGAGGGAGAGUAAAUAGAUGCUGAGUAAAAAAGAUGUGUUUUGUUCCAUUUGCAACUCUUUGUUAAACACCAUGUUGUUUUUGUCUUUUUGGAUUGACUCUACUUGAAACAGCAUAAAAAAUAUGUUAUUCUCCGCUGGGUUCUUUAAUAUGGUUUGGUUAAUACUUAAUAGUGGAUAAAAAUGCUUGCACCAUCAUGUGAAAAUUCCCGUCUCAUACCAUCAUGUGUAUGCUAUAAUUUUUAGUCCAGGAUGAAAUAUAAUGUGUCAAUCGAUCAUCUAAAUUCCAACUGAGAUUAAAGUGGAGAAACAGAUGAAGCAAGAGGUAAAGAGAUGCAAGACUAAGAGGAGAAAGAAGAGAGAAAGGUGAGACGCCAUGAAUAGACUGAUGAGACAACCC